AUGUAUGUUAACCAACAUCUGCCGUGUAAUCUCGUACGAUUGGCUGCCUUAUACAGUAUUUCAGGUAUUUAUACAUUUAUUGUGUUAAGUAUUGUUCUUAAAUCCCAACCAUUCAUACAUCCAACCGGUGGGUGGGUAAUUAUUUCCGACCCCAGAAUUGCAACCCCCGAAUUGGAUGGAAAAUCAAGGGGUUCAGAGGCAGUUAAC